UGCAUCGAUAAACAAGUCCCGGAGCACUACUUAUCCAAUCAGAGAGGAGUUUGUUACAAGUUGAUGCCCAUGCUGUGUAGAAGAAGAAAAAAAACAUCAUGCGUUCUAACGUUGGCUCGGGUGGAGGUCAUAGACAGAACUGACAAAACAGUAGGGCUACAGACAUGGCGAAACUAUUUGAAUCCAUCGGGAAGUUGGGGCUGGCCCUCGCCGUUGGUGGAGGUGUUGUGAACUCGGCCCUCUUCAAUGUUGAUGCAGGUCAUCGGGCAGUUAUAUUUGACAGGUUCCGGGGAGUGCAAGAUGCUGUAGUUGGCGAGGGAACCCACUUCCUCAUUCCCUGGGUACAGAAGCCUAUCAUCUUUGACUGCCGUUCACGUCCGCGCAACGUGCCUGUCAUCACAGGCAGCAAAGAUCUGCAGAAUGUGAACAUCACACUGCGUAUCCUCUUCCGGCCGGUGACUAGCCAGCUCCCACGCAUCUUCACCAGCAUCGGAGAAGACUACGACGAGAGGGUACUGCCAUCCAUCACCACAGAGGUCCUCAAGUCCGUGGUGGCCCGGUUUGAUGCCGGUGAGCUCAUCACCCAGAGAGAGCUGGUGUCCCGGCAGGUCAGUGACGACCUGACAGAAAGAGCCAACACCUUCGGCCUCAUCCUGGAUGACGUCUCACUGACACACUUGACGUUCGGUAAGGAGUUCACAGAGGCUGUUGAGAUGAAGCAGGUGGCUCAGCAGGAGGCCGAGAGGGCCAGGUUUGUCGUGGAGAAGGCCGAGCAACAGAAACAGGCAGCCAUCAUCUCAGCAGAGGGUGACUCCCAGGCCGCCCUGCUCAUUGCUAACUCUCUGCAGGAGGCUGGAGAUGGCCUGGUAGAGCUGCGUAAGCUGGAGGCUGCCGAGGACAUCGCCUUCCAGCUGUCCCGCUCCCGCAACGUCACCUACCUGCCUGCCGGCCAGGGCACACUCCUGCAGCUGCCCCAGUGAGACCCACACACCCUGACCUAACCGCCCCUCCCUGUGACCAGCAAAUGCAUGGGCCGUGGAGGGGAUGUGGGGCGAGGGGAAUGGGCGUCAACCUUUACACACUCUCCUCCCACUAACUAUGGACUGGUGAAAUAAUUUCAGCUUCGGAGUGUGGUAAAGUUCUGAUGUUUGGUCAGUGUGUGGGGGAGGGAUCUAUGGUAAACUACAUAGUAAGUUCUGUCAAAAAAAAACAAUUGGUGAUGCAGUAAAUUACCUCUUGGAUUUGUCUAGCAAAUUCAGCGCAGUGACUGAGGGGCCUGUGAUAUGACAGUUGUAAUUGUUAAUUUAGGGAAAGGGCUGUUUGGAAUAUCAUGAGAGAGAUGGAACAUUUUAGCCCUAUUGUAACCACCACAGCAAUCACAAUACUGGGGAUUUAUUGAUCUGAGAGGACACGCUAUUUAAUCAACUGGAUUUACAUUCAUCUCAGUCAAUCACAAACUUCCCUGGGUGAAUAAGAUCCUACUACUAUUCACCAAAGUAGUGUGGGAUCCAAAGCACCCUUGUUUUCCCACUCAUAACUUUAAAUGACCUACAAACAAAUGAUCUGAACUAAUCUAUCCAGAGCCAUAUAUUGUAAAUUUGACUCUGAAUUUACCCAUCCCUUUGACUGUCUAUUGUGUAGAGAUGGUCUGUCAAAUGUCCUCUCACAAGCUAGCUUUCCUAAAAUCCUCCCAGUUUGAUUGCCAUGGCAUCCCAGUGCUGCACUCCCCUCUACUUGAUUGGAUCCUCUACAGAAUCAUCUUUGGUUUACCAGCACGCUGUCCACACCACCUCAUCCAUGGCCCUCCUAGCCCAGUGGUAUGAAACGUGCCUGUAAGAUGGUCAAGGGUUGCAUCCUUCCCUCGUUCUUUUAAAGUAUGUCGUUGUCUUUAUUUUGGAGGGAGGAUAUGCAAGCCACCGCAUUCCACUCAAUGUCUCAACUUAACAAUAAAAUUCUUAUUUCUACAGCAAAGUGACAGCUCUUUUUUUUUUUGUGUGUGUGUAACCAAGUCUGUGAAACGUGACACGGUUGUUAUGGUUUUCUCAUUUGUAGCUACAAGAGGGCCCUGUAAAUGUAUUGUGAAUUUUGCAUCCAAUUUCUGGAUACCUGUACUUGAGUGCAUAAAUAUAAAAUGUAGACCAGAUUUAACUUCUGUCUGCCAUUGUGUAAGUUCUGUAAUAAAGGACUCCCUAAGCAUC